ACAACCUCGUGGACUGGCUAUAGCAUGCAUGCAACUAAAACAUGGCAGCACUGAAAGCCUUUUGUUUAUCUUCAGCGCCCAACGCUCCUCUGUUCACCUCUGCAUUAUGUGCUUGUCACAGGCUCUUGACCACUACUGUCCCCAAGCAAAGAAUGAAGUUUGUUCCCCGUUUAGGUAGAACCUUGUCGUCCAACCCAGGAGAUGAAUUGUGUGGCUUCUCUGGACCGGAAAAAGAUGUUCUAAAAGCUGAAGAAAAUGCUCAAGUUGCUGUAGCUAAUUCACAGAAUGUGAGCAAGCCUGUAACGAUUGAUUGUGUGGAAACAAACCAACUACCGGCGGAUAAUUUCGCUUCAAAAUUACGAUUCUUGGACUUUGUUAAUUUAGCCGAGGAAGAUCAAAUACAACCACCAGAUAUGGUGAAACCUCGUGGAUCCUUUUUGAGGCAACAAAAUAAAGACGUUCUGUUUGAGCGUCUCCCCACACCAACACGAAGCACACUGCAGUUCACCGUAGGCCGUCAAAUAACCACACUAAAUAAUGCCAAGUCAGCAGUCCGGAGGGGUAAACCCCCACUUGACAAAUUAUUAAUUGAAGACGAGACUAAUUUAAUGUCGGUGAACCAUGAAAAAUUACGUAGUCGCACAGCUAGCCAAUCGGAAAGCACUCGAGAUGUUGUAAACUACGUCGCUAGUCAAGAGUCGAUGUACAAGCAAGACCUGCAUCUCUACACUGACGCACUGCCCUCCAUACUGGGCUCUACUGUUUCUGAAGUUGAAGAAACUCGCGAGAAAUUGAGCCAAGCCGGAUUUUCCCCUGCUGAAAUUGGAAGAGUUUUGCCCAUUCUUCCUCUCAUAUUUGAAGUUGAUUAUGAGAAGGUGUACGAAGUGUACUGUCUGCUGAUGGAGUAUCUGGGCCAUCAAACAAGAGUGCUUAAGUUGAUGAGGACGCAUACUUUCCUGUUGUCGCUUGAUCCAUCUCAGGUUAAGAAGACCCUAGAGAGAUACAGCAGUUUUGGCCUGAGCUCACCUGAGCUGCUGUCUCUGUUGACCCACUACCCACUCGUGUUCACCACACCUCUCAAGGAAUCCACUCUGAGCAGAAUAAGACAAACAAUGGAGGCUGGCUUUGACUCUCACUGGCUGGCCAAGACACUCCUCUAUAGCAUGCGUUAUCGACCAGCACGUGCAGAGUUUGAUCCAAGUGAUUCCCUCACUAUUGGUCUCCUGAAGGAGUACAAGGUUGACCUGGGGGAGGUGCUUAUCAAGCAUCCUGACCUCUUCCAGCAGUCAGGUCAACAGUUGAUAGUACUGAUCAAGACGCUGUCUGGGGGACCACUGUAUCUGAACAGAAGUGACAUCGGGUCAUUACUGUCUAAGAUACCUGAAGUACUCUUUCAGCUCGACGAUAUGGAUGCCCUGAGGGCUCACCUGUCUCUACUGGCUGAGAUCUUCACUGCCUACACACUACGAAACCAGUUGUUCAGUGUGAAGCACUUGCUGGACUACAGAUAUGACGUGGCUCACAAGCUGCACUCACUGGCUAGACACGGUCUCACUAGAGAGGAUGCUUGUACCCUCAUAACCAACUCUCCAUCACUCAUACUGCAGGGAGACCUGGGGGAGAAGCUCAGUUUGAUGCUCAGUAUUCCCGGUGUUACUGUCCGCCAAAUUGCUGAGUCAUCAAAGCUGCUCCUGCAACAACCACUGCCCUACAUGCAAGCUAGGAUCAAGUUUGCAGCACAGCACAAGGAACCUCUGGUGUGUGCUGAUCAUCUACAGGAGCUCUUGACUACCACUGACCAAGUGUUUGCAGAGUUGUGUGGGUGCCCAGUGAGACAGUACCUCUCCUCCACUGGACUCGCUCCGCUAACUCCAAAACGUGGUCGCCCAAUCAAAGGAGCAGCUCACGCACUCCGACCAACGAAUCAGUACGAGCCAAACCCACACUACAAGUUCACUGGAGCAGUCACUCUCGACAGUAUAUUCAAUCAAGAAAUCAGAAACCCUGAACUAUCACUCACCGAAAUCACAUCUCCCAGCGAGUACUGUGAAACAAGUCCCCCUGAGGCAAUAGACAAACUAUCAAAUGUUAAUGACCUCAGCACUUCAUUUGGUGACUGCUACACCGAGUCUUUGAACACUCCUGACGACCUUGUCAACGUGACGUUGUCGCCUGAAUCCAUACCAUAUGAGAACUCAGAAGACUCUAAACGGGAAUCAGACGAAGUAUUUGACAGCAAUCUUGGCCUGGAAAUGGAGGAGUUCCUGCGAGAAUUACGAGCAGCUAGUCACAAGAAAGAUCCCCUCUUUGAUAGAGGUGUACUGAACACUGUUACCGUACAAAGAGGAACCGAGUUUCUGGACGAACAUUUAUUUUGGGAGUAUGAAGAAUGCGAUGAACAAUUUGAUGUUCAAGCAAUUUAGUCUCUCACUAUUUAUUAUGCUCGUUGAUUUAUGAAUUCAAACAUCUGUUCCCUCUUUGUGUAUAAUAUUUGUCUGCGGCUGUCUGCACAAUACGUUAUUAUUAUCACAACUGAUCUUCCAUUC